AAAAAGUUUUAUUGCGGGGAACUCGUCUUCAUAACCUCAGCCGAAAGUCAUUUUUAUUGUAGUUCGAUGGAAGUUUACUCUUAACAUGCUCUAGCUGAGCGAACAUACCAAACCAUUGUUAUUUUGUCUUAGAAGACGAAGAAUGUCCUAGGCGUCCAUAAAGUUUAAAAAUGAGGGACUAGAAGCAUUAUUCGAUAAAGAUUAUUGCCAAACAAAAUCAGAGCUCGCAAAAUCCUUGGGAAUCAUUCAAGCGUCCAUUUCAAAACAUCUAAACACAGCCGGUAUAUUCAAACGUAUAUGUCUCUUGGCUUCAAGCCUUUGAAAGACGAUUUUCUAUGUCAGAAAUGCUGCUUAAACGCUACAAAAAAAAGAGUAGUUUCUACAUCGAAUUGUAACUGAUGAUGAAAAAUGGAUCCGUUACGACAACCUUAAAUGCAAAUAAUCAUAUACGAAGCCUGACCAACCAGCCGAAUCGACGGAAAAGCCGAAUAUCCAUGACGCCAAGGAAAUGUCUUGUAUUUGGUGGGAUCAAGAGCUGUAUUAUGAGCUUCUAAAACCAGGUGAAACCAUUAAUAAAGAACGCUACCGAUAACAACUCAUCAAAUUGAAUCAGGACAGGAUGUGAAAAAUUGGUGACGUAUUUCUUUUGGGAUGGAAUGCACAAAUUGCAAAUAAAAUGAGUAAAUGUAUUAAGCUCGCAUAAAAAUACAUAGUUAUAGACCCAAUAGAAGCUUGGCUUCGUUACCCAGUGAAUAACUCGAAAAUAUAACACCAAGGUUUUCUUAAUAAUUUCAUAACACAUAUACAGUGGAGUCUCAUAACCCACUAUCUCAUUUACCCACUUUUGAAAAGUAGAAAUGUGAAAGGAUUUUGGUUCACCCUGUACAUUUAAGUAUGUACCAAAAGAAUUUCGAGAACAAUUGUAUAUCUAAAGCCGAACUUUGACCUUCAGCGCAAGUAAUUUGGUGCAUUUUAUGUAAGCGUCAAAACAACAAUAGAAAUUCUAUACCGUAUUUAUAAAAUUAUACACUCUUACACCAAACAAAUGGGCGUCUAGACGUAAUGAGCACCACAAACAACAUAAUUAACGUUGACGUAUGAUUGGUUGUAUAUACCAAGGAUUGAACAUAUGUUUAUAUGUUUGACUCAUAUAAAAGCAAUCGAACAGCCAAAGACUCACGCAUUCCGUGAAGUACAAAUCAAAAUGUACGAAUAUCUUCAAAUACAGCAUUUCAGUUUUCGCGUAAUCGGCAUUAAUUUGUGGGCGCAACGAGAUUAGCGCAUUACGAGUGCACCCUGCAGAUACCUUACCUGGACUCUGGCUACGGCAAUUAUUACGCUACUUAUGGGCUGCUACAUUUACACCAGCGAACAGGAUAAGGCUAUCCAAGUUUUAACAGUAUUUCUGCAAGGUGUGCUCUCUGUGAUCAAGAGUGGCAUGUUUGUGGCGAAGGGAAGACGCUUCAUAAAACUUAUACGGAGUUUAGAUAUGUUGGCGGAUGAAGCGAAUGUUAAAGAGGGAAGGGAAUGGAGGCAUGAGAACGACUGGCAACAACGCAUCGUGCGUGUUUACUAUAUUUGCUGCAUGUCAACGGGCACCCUGUAUUGUACAGUGCCUGCUAUCAUUUUACUAUAUAGCCGAUGUUUCAAUGAUCACACCAUGUUCAUACUGCCUUUCAAUGCUGCUUUUCCCUACGACACUGGUCACCCAUUCUUUUACACCGUCUCUUAUAUAUGGUGCAUCUCGUUCAUUGUCUACGCCAUACACGCCAUCGCCGCCAUGGAUUCGCUGUUUUGUUGGUUCAUCUUCAAUAUUUCCGCACACUUUCGCGCGCUGCAGCGUGAACUGGAAACUGUGGUCGCGGCAUCGGCUGGCGCAGAAGACGACUCUAGCUUGCAUAGCAGAAUCACCCAAACUUUGCACUAUCAUCGCCGCAUCAUGGAAUUAUCGGCGGAGUUUGACGAGCUCUACGCGCCCAUCGUGUUCAUCGAAAUCUCCGUUAGCUAUCUGAAACUCUGCUUCAGCGCUUAUAAUCUCAUCAAUCUGAGUGACAUAUCGGGGCUGCCGGUGUUAGCUGUUGGACUUGUCACAAUCACUUUCCAGUUGUGCAUUUAUUGUUUUAGUGGCGAAAAAAUUAAAAAUGUGAGCGAAGAGGUUUCUGAUCGUAUUUACUUAGCAUUCCCCUGGGAGCGUGUUCCGCCAUCUGUAAGGCGUUUACUACUUUUGCCACUGAUGCGCGCACAACGUGCUACCAAUUUAACGGGAUUUCUCUUCAUUGUCGAUCACAGCUUACUAGUGUGGAUAUUUAAAACUACCGGCUCCAUUAUAGGUUUUUUGUCGGCUACCAAAAGUGAAAACACAACUUCUUAAACUAUUUAAAAUUGAUUCUGUUAAAUACUAAAUUUUGUAAAUAUUAAUUUCUGCCAAUCUCAAUCCAUUUUCCUGAAUAUUAACUAUGAAUAUGUUUCCGAGGUUUUAACCCUCUAAGUAGCAUAGCAAAAAUGUUGGUAAGCAUGGAGCAGCUAACUUGCAAAAUAUCUGUAAUAAUAUUUAGCAAAAGUAUAGUGAGGACAAAACGAAUCUAGAACGGUAAAAAAUAGUAUUAAAAAUA